AUGAAAAAAUGGGAUGACGAUUUUCGUAUGAAGAGUUAUGUAAAUAAAAUUUAGAAUGCUAAGUCAACAGUGCCAAAUAACUAAAAAAAAACAACGAAAAGUAUUUUAAGUAAAGUUAUAUUAUAGAACAAUCUUAUAGGGAUACAGAAUUCAGUAGUCAUGCAUCUUAUCGAUCUGAUUUUACUGAUAUAAAGGAAAGUUAAUUGUUCAAGUAAAUGAGAUAUAUAAAUAUUAGAUAAUUGGUUGAAUUCAAUUUAUAAUAAUACACAAACAAAUUAUUACUGAGAGGCUAUAAAGGUGGAUUAUAAACAUUAGCUUAAUAACCUAUAGAUUCAUAAAUUUUAAUAUUGUAAGAGAUUAAAUUAUUGCCUGGACAUAAACAAAAAUUUUUAGAUCUGUUUAAAUAUUUAAACGAUCAUUAUGAUCCUCAUAAUUACAAUGGUUAACCUCCUUUAACUCCAAAUAACAACAAAUAGAAUAGAAACACAUUACCAGGAUAAAUGAAUUCUCAUGGUAAAUUUGAGUAACCCAGAGAUACAUAUGUUGAAAUACUAAAACCUGUUAAUAGACGUUCUUCUUUAAAACAUUUAUCACCUCAUUAAGAGAUAGGGAUUAUUAAACCAAGAGUUUUACCUAAAUUGGAAAAACGUCCUAUUAAUGGUAAUAAUGAUAGAAGUCCUUAAUUUAUUGAUACAUAAUCAAAAUAAUUAGUUCUCAAUCAAGAAAUAAUUCUUGGUAGUUCUUUAUCAAUAACAAAAGACAUAAUUUAAAAACCAUUAUCAAAAACAAUUAAUCAUCCUGUAGUAAAAAUAAAAUAAACUAAAAAGAAAAAAUCAAUAAUUAAAUCAAAUGCUGAUAAAAAUAAUAAGAUUUUGAAGAAAUUGUUAUAAAUUAAUUCAAAAAAUAGUGAUGGAUCAGAAAUUCAUUUAUAGUAAGAUUAGAUUUAAUUGAUGUAUUAAUCAUUUGAUAAUGGAAAAUUAGCUUCAACCUUGAUUAAUAUAGAUAUUGAAGAAAUUAGUUAUUGUGUAGGUAUUACUCUAUAAAAAAUGAUUUUCAUUGUUGAUUUAGAGUAAUAAAAAUAUCUCGAAAAUGAAAUCAAAGAAAUAGAAUAGGCAAUAUUUAAAGAAUCUGAUUAAGAUGAAGAAAUUGAAUCUAGAAGUAUUAAUUUAUAUAUAUUAAAUAAAGAAAGAUAUAGUGAGAAUGAUCAAGAUUGUCAAGAAGAUGAAGAAAAUAAUGAUCAGACUGUAAAUAUGUCUAAGGUAGACUAGACAAUUUGUUAAGACUUUUUAAGAGAAGCAAUAAUAGAACCGGAAAUUACAGAUUAAUAUUAUGGAAGUGAAGAUGUUGCCACUGAAUAAUUUUAAAAAUUUGAUCAAAGUGAAUAAUCUAAAUUAUAGACUGAAUAGGAAUAAUAAGAUUAUUUUUAGGAUUAAGAAUAAGAUAAUAUGUAUUUCAUAAAUAAUUAUUAUGAUAGUGAUUAAAUUUCUAAAUCCUAUUUUUCAGUUGAUACUACAUAUAAUUUAGAUGAUUAUCUUUUGUUUAAUAAAGUUUUUGUUGAUAAAUCUAUGACUAAUUAUAUACCUAAUGUUGACAUCAUAUAAAACUAUUGUAAGAAUAUAAUGACUACCACUAAAAUGGAAAGGGAAGUAGCAAUUAUCUCUUUAAUAUACAUUAACAGAUUGUUAAAUUACAAUUAAGGUUUAGAAAUAAAUUGUUUAAAUUGGUAGAAAAUAUUAUUUACUGCUUUGGUUAUGGCAUCAAAAAUAUGGGAUGAUGAAUCUUUUGAGAAUAAUAAUUUUGCUAAGGUUCUACCUUAAUUUUCAACUGUAUAAAUAAAUGAGAUGGAAAAAGUCUUCUUGAAAUUAAUAGAAUAUCAUCUUUAUGUUAAUUCAGGAGAAUAUGCGAAAUAGUAUUUCAUCUUAAGAACUUAUGCUGAUAAAAAGCAAAGAAGUUAUGCUUUAAAAUAAUUAGAUAUCUCAACAGUUUUAAGAUUACAAAGAGGAGGUUAAUAAUAAAUUUCAAAGUAGUAAUAUUUGAAUACUUAAAACAAAAGCUUUUGA